CGGGAAGGGCAGCGUGAAGUCCUCGGUCAGCACGCGGAUGGCGAAGUCCUCCUCCUUGCCCAGAGCGCGAAUCUCCUCCUAUCCUCCCGAUACCACGAAGGACUGGUCUUCCAUGAGGCUUUCUCAGGGCUCUACCCACAAGGACAGGCAGGCGGCCCCCACCACCAUCCUGCUCCACAAGUCGCGGAGCAGCCAGGCUGCCCUGGUACCCCAGGAGCACAAGCUGUUCAUGGAGGAAGCCUACAAUGCAGCUAUCUGCUUCAAGAUGCUCCGGGACCUGAGUGGGUCAGACCCACUGCGCCUGAAAUACAUCCUGAGGAAAGUGAAGACCAUGGCGCACGCAUCCCCCAGCCUGGUGCUGGACACCAUCCACGACUUCUUCAUGGACAACCCACAGAUCACCACCCGGCACAAGUUCCGGCUGUUCCAGGUCCUAGAAACUGUCAUCAGAGCCAGCGACUUCCUGGAGGAGACCUGGGAGAAAACCUUCAUGCAGCUGGCCCUGGACAACAUGACCAUGGUCACGGAGCUGGAGGACGUCUUCCAGGACGCGGCCAGCAACGUGCUGGUGGCCAUCUGCAAGCACUCGUGGCGGGCGGUGGCCCAACACCUGGAGGCCGAGGUGCUGACCGGCAACUUCCCGCACCGCAGCUUCCUCUACGUGAUGGGCACGGUGUCCUCCAGUGAGAAGCUGCUGAGCAAGGCUGAGAAGGCAUGCUGGGAGGAUCUGCUGGCCCAGCUCGCUACCAAGUCGGUCCCCUUCCUGAACACGGACAUGUGGUCUAAGGAGCUGCUGAAGGUGCUCACCAAGCCCGAGCGGACGCAGCAGGAGCAGCCUCCAGAGAAGGCCUUCCUGUUCACCUUCUAUGGACUGGUCCUUCAGGCUGCAGAGAGCAGCAGCACCGUCCGGACACACCUGCGGGCGCUCCUGGAGACAUCCCACCAGUGGCCCAAGCAGAGGGAGGGCAUUGCGCUCACCAUGGGACUGGCCUCCACCCACCACCUAGACGAUGUCUGGGCUGUCCUGGAGCAGUUUGGUCGGAGUGCACCCAUGAAGUGGAGUCUCCACAGCUUCUCCCCAAAGUGCUCAGAGGACUUCCGGUGGAAAUGGGCCAGCAGCACCACCCUGCUCACAUACGGCCAGAUGGCAGCCAAGGCCAAGGACCACAUCCUCCCGUGGGUGGACAACAUCUUAUCCAGGAUGAUCUUCUACUUCCAUUAUAGCUCCUGGGAUGACACCCUGAAGCAGAGCUUCCUGGCAGCUGUCCUGAUGCUAAUGGGGGCUGUCCACCGCAACGAGGGUGCCCACAGCUAUGCGUUCGCCCAGAUCCCCGAGCUCCUGGACUGUCUGAUGGUUCUGAUGGAGAGGGAGUGCCCUGACACGCUGUGCACGCCAGCACGCCAGCAGGCCAUCCACAUCGCCUCCAGCCUCUGUAAACUGAGGCCCCCGCUGGACCUGGACCAGAAGUCUCGGCUCCUGUCCGUCUGCCUCCGCAGCGUGUUUGCCUUGCCCAUGGUGGAGGUCCUAGAGAAGCACACCUGCCUCUAUCUGGAGCCACCUGACCCACAGGUGCUGUACAACAAGACGGUGGGCGCCCUGGACCAGCUGCUGCAGGGCCUGCUCGCGCAGACGCCCACAGCCCAGGAGCUGCACUUCCUGCUGUCACGCAUGUACACAUGGCUGAUGUCGGAGAAGGCGCACGAGAGGCAGCGCGCGGUGCACAGCUGCACAAACCUCCUCAAGUUCCUGAACCAGCACCUCACCCUGGAUCCCAAGGAAGAGCUGAGGCAGAUGGGACAGCUGCUGGGCAUGCUGGGAAUUCUGUGUCAAGACCCUGACAAGGCCACCCAGCACUCCAGCCUGGAAGGGGUGGGUCACCUCUGCCUCCUACUCAUGCGCCACAAAGCUGGGAAAGCAUUCAAGCUCAACUCGGGGUCCCCCAAGCAUCUCUUGAGCAACGGUGACCUGAAGGAGGCCACUGAGGACGCUCUGGGGCAGAAGCCCCCCAAAGACCACAUCUUCAGUCUGGGCAGCUCCCAAGCCACCAAGGAGACCAUGAAGCACCUCAGCAAACCCGAGCUGACGGAGCUCAUCUGGACAGCCAUCGACGGUCUGGGCUUGCCCAGCCCCUUCCACGUGCAGGCGGCCGCUGAGAUACUGCUGGCAGCCAUCCGGGCCCACGGGCCCACGCUGGACACUGUUGCCAAGAUGGGCCGGGCCAUCCACCUAGGACUCCGCUCUGUCCGGGUCCCCCAGGCCAAGGACAGUGUCCUGCAGGCCAUCACGCUGAUGGCCCGGAGCCACACCACCGAGCUGGUGGCCACCUUCCUGGACUUCUCCAUACCUCUGGACAGCCACGCCUCCCGGUUGUGGAGGGCCAUGGGCAUUGAUGUGCCCCUGAGCCAGCACGUGCUGGCCAUUCUGCUGACGGUGCUGCAGGAGCGGCCUCUGCCUGCCACAACGGGAGAGGAGGGCGGCUCCCAACCCAAGGACAAGACCUACUUGCGCUCGCUGGCCGCCAUGAAUACGCUCCACGAACUGCAGUUUGCCCGGGAGUACAGAGUGGCAGUGCAGGAGGCCUACCCCGAGCUCCUGCUGGCCCUGCUGAGCCAGGUGCUGUACGUCCUGCAGCUGGACCUGCCCCAGGAGCCGCAGCCCCACCCGGGGGCCCAGGAGAACUGGCCCAGUCCCCAGAGCACAUCAUUGGAGGCGCUCAAGAGCCUCCUGUCCACCACUGGCCACUGGCAUGACUUCGCCCACCUGGAGUUGCAGGGGGCCUGGGAGCUGUUCACCACCAUGCCCACCUACCCACAGGGCGUGGGCCUCCUCGCCAGGGCCAUGGUGCAGAACCACUGCUCACAGAUCAAGGCCGUGCUGGACCAGCUGCUGCCCAACCUGCAGUGCAAGGAAGAGCGUGAGAGGAAGGUGGCCUUGCUCAUCCUCAUGGAGUUCCUCUACAGCCCCAUCCUGCUGGAGGCCCUUCCCACGCAGGGGGCUCUGAUGGUGCUGGCUCGAGGCUUGAGGGACCCCAGCGCCGAGGUGCGGGUGUGGAGCCUGCAGGGCCUGGCCAACAUUCUCUUCCACCCCGAGAAGGGGAGCCUGCUCCUCCGCCAGCUGCCGCCCUUCCUGGCCGGCUUCUUCCAGGACAGUGAGCAAGUAGUGGUGCGUGUGAUGGGCACCGUGUCGGACAUGCUUCACCGCCUGGGCAGGCUGGGCGCCGGCACCCAGGGCCUCAACAUCGCCAUUAAUGCCCGCUCCUUCUUCGAUGACGAGCGUGACGGGAUCCGCACAGCUGCCAUGGCGCUGUUUGGGGACCUGGUGACGGCCAUGGUGGGUCACGAGCUGGGCGGGCUGCGAGCCCAGGUCUACCAGAGCCUGGUGUCCCUGCUGCUGCACCUGAAGGACCACUGCCCAGCUGUGGCCACGCAGGCCAAGUUCGCCUUCUACCGCUGCGCGGUGCUGCUGCGCUGGCGUCUGCGUCACACGCUAUACUGCACACUGGCCUGGGAGCAGGGCCUCAGCGCCCGCCACUUCCUGUGGAGCUGCCUGAUGACCCACAGCAAGGAGGAGUUCAGCGUCCACCUGGGCCAGGCGCUCUGCUACCUGCACAGCGGCCACCUCCACAUCAGGACCUGGGCAGCACUCUUCAUAGGUUACACCAUCUGCUACCACCCCCAGGCUGUGUCCCAGAUGGUGACCGGCGUGGACACAAGCCUACUCCUCUACACCUUUGAAGAGCUCAAGAAAGACCCAGAGCCAGCAAUCCGGGAGUUCGCUGAGAGGCAGUGCUCCUUCCUGCAGAAGGUGGGGGCCAGACUCCACCCCUGACGCCACCAGCCCCACUCCCACCCCACCCCCAGCAAACCCGGCAGCCCUGCCCCAUCCCAGAACUUGAUUGUACAGCAUGUGUCCAUAAGUAAGGUGUACAUUCAACAGAGGCAGCCCCCUGUCGGCUCCCUGCCCAGCACCCCCAUAACCAUCCCUGCUGUGACCGAGGAACCUCUGGGGACUGUGGGUAGGGUGCAGGACAGUGGGGGUGGAAGGCCAGGACCCGGCGACAGGCUGGGAGGUGGUAGCCCUUCCACCCCAAGAUCUGGCCCCAUCACUGGCUCUGAGCACCUUCCCCAGGGAGUGUGGCUGAGCAGAGGCGGGUCUGCAGCACCGGGGAGCUGACCCUGCCCCUGGACCAGCCUCCUCAAGCCUGAGCCCCAACAUCUCCCUCUCCCCACUGCUGUCCUGCUGGUCCCCUCAGAACCAGGAGGGUGGCACUGCCAACGGGGCCCCAACACCCUUCCAAUGGAGCCCCCCUCCCCCCCCGCCCGGCCUGGAGUUUUGGUGCUCAGCCUUGGCUGAGCCGUGGGCUGGUAAUGCCAGCUCCUGAGAAGAGUCCUCCCUGGCAGGACCCUGAGUCCCUUCCCCUUGAAGCCUCAGUUUCCCAUUUGAAAUGGGCAGAUGGGCCUCCCCAGGCCGGACACUGAGCUUCUGCACCUUGUCCCAAGACCCCUUCCACACCAGCCAACCACCCCAAUGGUGGCACCCCAUGAACCUGCCCCCACCCCGACCUUUCUCUCACCCCCACUUGUCCCUUGGUCCCUCCUUUCCGAGCCCUGACCCCACCCUCACCAUCUGGACGUAUCCCCAUUACCCAGCCUACAUGGCCCUGCUGCAGGCAGCCCCUGCACCAUGCUGCCCCCUCAGCUCCAAUCCCCCCAGGCCGAGCUCACCCUGCACCCCAUCCCUGCCCACCUCCUAGAUUGUGAGCCCCUUGGAGUAGGGCCAGGGGGACCACAAAUGCCAUGAUGGACUGAAUACAGCG